UUAGUACACUCUUCACCAUCAGAAAUCAACUAUCAUUUUCUCUAAACAGCAAAUCAAAUCUUGCAAAAUGGCUAAGUCACUUGCCAUCUUUCUUGUAUUCAAUGUCCUUUUUUUCACUGUGGUUAGUGCAUGCAACUAUUGCCCUGAACCUAAACCAAAGCCCAAACCACAGCCAACACCAAGUCCAUCUCCUGAUACACAAGGCAAAUGCCCAACAGAUGCCUUAAAACUAGGUGUUUGUGCUAAUGUGCUUAAUGGUUUAUUGAAUGUAACACUUGGAACUCCACCUGUAAAACCAUGCUGCAGUCUUCUAGGAAAUCUUGUGGAUUUGGAGGCUGCUGUUUGUCUUUGUACUGCACUUAAGGCUAAUAUCUUGGGGAUUAACCUUAAUAUCCCUAUUUCACUUAGCUUACUUCUUAAUGUUUGUAGCAAGGAUGCCCCAAGGGGAUUCACUUGUCCCUAAACAAUUUUGCACCCUUUUUUUUUUUUUUUUUGUUUUGUUGAAGUUUGCUUCUGGAUUUUCAUUUGUUCUUCCAUUAUUCAUGGGGUUAAUUUGUUUUAAUAUUUCGUUGUUGGGAAAUUAGAAUUAACUAGCGCCGCUUGCGCUAUUUGUUUGUACGUCCCAUUGAAUUAAUAUAAUUCUUCGUGUGACACUUUUUUUUUUUUUUUCAAAUUAUGAUUUUUAUCAUUUUUUGUAUUGUACUACUAGACUCUUUUCUCAUUAGGGUUCUUUAAUUCUUAUUUUUCUGUUGCUUAUGAUAUACUUUUGUUGAAUCUAUUUAAAAUUAACUAAUCCCACCACACAUAUUAGGAACCUGAUCUCAAAAAUUGCAGUAAACAACAAAUAGUAAAAUAAAGUGCAACGCAAAUUUAUCGUGAAAAAUUCCUUGUUCAAGGGAGUAAAAAAUCACGACCUACACUGUGUAGAAUUUCACCACCAAUCUCCACUAAUUUCAAAAAGCUUUGUUCAAGAUUACAACCCCUACUACCAGAUAUUACCCCUAUUACAACGACCUUUUUUGCAACGAUUCCAAAAGCGUUGCAAUAGACCCUCUAUUGCAACGAUUACAACCGUUGUAAAAUAAAAUUGUUCUAGUAAAACUAUUUUAUAAUAUAAUCGUUGCCAUUAUUGAAGAACCGUUACAAUAGAGUGUCUAUGAACCGUUGCCAUAGAAUCAUCUAUGGCAACGCUUUAUUGAAUAAAAGAUGCUAUUGCAACGGCAUAACUAUUCCCACCAAAAAAUUUUGCUAAGUCCGCCAACAAAAACCCUUUAUUCUCCAAUCCACCAAAAAAACCCUUUCAUCACUUUUCAUCUAGCAUACUCCAAUCCGUCAAAAAAAAUUUCACUAAGUCUGAUCCACCACUGCUUCGACCACCAUUCUUCUCCGAUUUUACCACUAUUCUGAUCACCAUACCUUGAUUUCAAUGCUGCUCUGGCCACUACUGUGAGUAAGAAUAUGUAUUUGAAUCCCAAGUUAGGUGGGGUUGGAGGUGGGUUGGUGUCUCUGUACCUAUCAAUUUUAGGUUCUGGACAGAUCUCUAAGGACAAAUAUUACUAUGGUUUCUUCAAUGCAGCACUAAAAUUGCCUGCUCAUUUUACAUUCGGAGCUGUUGUUGCCUUUUAUAAUGUUGCUGUACAUUAUGAUACGUGAAAUUCAGGAGUUCUAGGUCCAGUCACAUUGAGUGGUCUCAAUGUGGGGUCAAGAGACUUGGCAAAAAAAAAAGGUCCUACAAGAUUGGUCUAAAAGGCGAAUCACUAAGUUUUCACACCUUAAGUGGCAGUUCUUCUGUUGAAUGGGUUCAAGGUUCACUUGUGGCUCAAAAAUAACUCCUGACUUGGUGCAAGGCAACAUUUAACACACCUGGAGGAUUCAACGAGAAGAAAUAUCAGAAUAAUUGUGGACAACCUUCUCAAAGAUGGUAAGCGAUAUCUAUAAUUCGUACAACACUUAGUGAAGUUAGUACUAGAUCAACUUUCUAUGGAGAACUUCACAUGACAACUCAAUCCGAUGUUCCAUACGCAAACUUUGCAAAACUGGUAAUUUCAGGCAUCAUAUCCCGUAAUCGUGGCUGAAACCAAGUGGAAACCUAUUGGUAGUAUUUUAAGAAUGGUGUGGUAAUCAAACAGGAAUUUCUUUAGUAAGAAGAUCAAGAUAAAAAGUUCAAUUCUGGAUGCGACAGUGUCUUGUGGCGUGGCUAUUGGGAAAUGGUGGAGCCUUCUUAUGCUGAGGGGUGUCAAUUGACACUCCUUCCUCAAAAAAUUACGUUGUUUAGUUAGUUUAAGUUUUUAAUUUUCAAGUAUGACAUACAUUUUGUGUAGAGGAGAGAAGUACCAUGAACCGGAAUACUGGAAAUUUGGUGAGGAGGGAAAUCAGUAUUUUAGGCAUGCAACUGGACAAAUAUAUGUGAUCUCUAAGGAUUUGGCUACCUACACAUCAAUCAAUGGGUACACCUUUUGCUUCAUAAGUUUUUUUCUGAAGCUUUCAGUUUAUUGCAUAUCCAUGUGCUUUACUGGUCACAAUCUACUGUUUAUUCAUAAAGAAUUUCUCGUCAGGCACAUUCUCUAUGAUAUGCAAAUAACAUGUUUCUCUUGGCUCUUGGUUUAUUGGGCUUGAUGUUAAACAUAUUAAUGAACGAAAUUUGUGCUGUGGAACACCCCCAGGUAAGAAGUUAAUGCCUAUGACAUACUUGGAAAAAUAAGAGGUUUGAAGGUAGGGAGCGGAAGCUGGUCACCACAGUACAAGGCAGCUGGCCUCUCCACUAGAAGGGUCUCUCUGCUCUGCAUUGCCUACUUCUGCUUAGGUGUUUUUGUUGUCAACAGGUUAUUGACUGGUCCUGUUAGAAUGGUGAACGAUGAUUUAUCUGUGGAACAUAUGUCACAGGAACUUCAUCCUGUUCUUGAGUGCGAGAAAAAGGCAAGUCAGCAGGAACGUGGUGUUUUAGGCUUCAUAGUCUUACAAAAUAAGUAGAUAAAGUGAUUCCCGGGUUGGUUGAUGUUGGUGCAGGAUACUUCUCUGGUAGCAGGAUAUAUUCUCUUCCAAGUUUCUAAAACACACUAUGUAAUCAUGUAACUUUUCGUGCCCUCCCUUCAGUGUAUACGUUCCACCUUUAAUUCUAUUUAAUAAUCCAAUAUCAUUGUGUGCCACAAAAAUUUUAGGGGAUUGGACAAAACAAUAUCUUCUCCGUAAAUGAAGCUUGCUUCCGCUAGAGCUGCUAAAAUAGAAAAUGAAGAAAUAUCUACUCCUUAUAGGAAAUCAGUAAUUAAGCCUUUGAAUAACCGUUUUAAGGAUUUCUUUUUAAUGGGAAUCAUUACUGUUUUAGUAUUAAUAAUGGACUGAGAUGAUGACCAGGGCAACCCCAGGUGGAGUCUUAGAUCGUGCUAUAGAUUCUGAGGAUUCACAACAUAAUGAUUUCUUUCGACUGACCUGAUGUUCUAGGACAAUUCAUGCCUUUGGUUGGGAUGGAAUGGUCACAGAUAGGUGUUGCACAUCUCUUUUCGGCUAUCAAGAUGUUCAAAAUGAAGGAGGAGAUGAAGAAAGUGACGAAGAAAUUGACCUUACUUGAAUAAAUUUACGAAUUAUUGAAUUUUGUGAAACGUAUCGCCACUCAAACUUGAUACAUUGUGGGAAAACUAAUGACCGUUUGACUAUAACAUUUUUGCUUUUGGAUUUAGAUUACUAGUUUGUUGGAUAUUUUAAUUUGAGUUAUUAAUAAUGAAAGAUUUUGUUGUGAUGUGCA